CGAUGACGGUAAACGACUGUUUCAAACUUGGCCAAAUACUUUAUCAACAUAAAAAGUUUAAGCAUUCACUAGAAUGGUUGAUAGAAGCGCUUCGGAAAUACAAGAAGGAAAAUGUAACGUACGGAGUUUCGGAGAUUCUCAUCCUUAAUUACAUUAGUUAUGCUCUAUAUUACACUGACGAUGCCAAAACCGUAUUUAAAUCAACUAAACAAACAUUAGAUAUUGAUAAAGAAUAUGCGAUAAAAAUUGAAGAUUCUAUAAGUGCGUUACAAAAUAUUGAGAUGUUGGAAGAAUUGCCUAGUAUGGAAGACACCAGUGCGGAGAAUGAAGAAAGCAGUGAAGAAUAUCAAAGAUAUUUCAGGAAGGAACAGUUUGUAUACGAAGCCCUUUGUCGCGGGGAAAUAGAUUUACCCACAGAGGUAACAAAGAGAUUAAAGUGCAGUUACCUAACGGACACUCAUCCAUUCCUGAAGUUGGCACCGAUCAAGACAGAGCAAUUAUACAUAGAGCCCGACGUGUUUGUCUUUUACAAUGUGAUCAGUGACGAGGAGAUCGAGCAUUUGAAGAUCCUAUCGAAACAGAGACUCAAACGAUCAGAAGUGGCAGGUUAUUCUGAUUUCGCAAAUGAAACGAUCGCGAAGUACCGCAGUAGUAAGACGGCUUGGCUGUACGACUAUGACUCGUCAGUGGCGGCGCGCGUGUCGCGUCGUGCGGCGGACUUCACCGGCUUCAGCACGGCCACCGCUGAGCCCCUGCAGAUUGUCAACUACGGCCUUGGCGGACAUUUUUCACCACAUUUUGAUUUUUUCUUGAAAGACUCCGAGCCUGAGUUACCCAAAAUGAAAAAAUAUGGAAAUAGAAUAGCGACUACAAUAUUCUAUAUGUCCGACGUGACACAAGGGGGUGCCACUGUGUUCACGGAGCUGGGUCUGACCGUGUUCCCGGUGAAGAACGCGGCGUUAUAUUGGUUGAACCUGCACCCGUCGGGCGAAGGCGACAUCACGACGCGCCAUGCCGCCUGCCCCGUGCUGCGCGGCUCCAAGUGGAUUUCAAACAAAUGGUUCCAUCUAUUGGGACAAGAGACCAUCAGACCUUGUAACCUGGAAUACCAAAUAGAAAACGUCAAACGAAAGACUUUUAUGCCCCGACCAAAGACAUCGAACGAGUAUCAUAGACAACUCAUAUUUGAUUGGUUUACAAAUAACGGUCUAGAAAAAUUGUACAUGGGCUUAUUUGCUCAGAAAUUACUCUACGGUAAGUCUAAUUUGUUCGUACUUAAUUAUAUUAUUUAG